UUAUAAAUUUGCAGCGUCCUCCACCCUUUUUACCAGUUCCUUCUGCUUCAAUUACUGCAAAUCUACUACCUUGGAAACAAAGGACAGGCAGAGACAGAGAGACAGGAGAAGGAGAAGAUGGGACAGGCUGUCUACCUUGGCCUCUGCCUCCUGGGCUGCCUGAUCUUUAACCCCUUGGUGAAAGGGGACACCAAUGACACAGUGGCCGCAAAGUCUCCAUGCCCUGAAGGGGUCCUUUUCUAUAGAAGCAACUGCUAUGAGUAUUUCUCAAGUGCCAUUCCCUGGCACUCAGCAGAGGAAGAAUGCCAAAACUUGGAAGAAGGCGGCCACCUGGCCACCAUUGAGGGCUCUGUAGAAGCAAACCUCCUCGCUUCUUACCUCAGGCGUCGAAGUGGUGGCAGCAGCGUCUGGACUGGGCUGCAUGCGGUAUCCUACAGGCGGGGACUAAGGUGGGGGUGGAGCAGUGGAGCCCCGUAUGAUUCGAGAGCCUCCUUCUGGAAUGGGUGGAGGCCCUCCCAAUAUUCUGCAGAGUGUGUUUCCUUCUCCCCAUCAGGUUCUCCCCGGUGGAACCAGUACGACUGUACUGUCUGCCUGCCAUACGUGUGCAAAUACAGGGCUUUCUACUAGACCUGCAGGGGGCAUCCCAGGUGCGAAUGCAGGAUGGCGUCAUCAGCGUCAGACAAGGACCCAGUUCUUGGAUGCCACAGGACAGAGACCCACCAGCUGCUGCUUGCCUGAGAUUUAACCCCAAAAACCUUUCCAAAUGUAUGCUUUGUUAAUCCUUGUGAAAUCUGCUUUUGAUUUGUGUUUGCUUAGUGCACACAUCAAGAGAGCUUUUUCAGUAUAAAUCCAAUAUAGGCCUUUAAUGUUACUAACAGCAUCAAAUAAGUACACUCCACCUGGCCAACCAAAGAACCUUCUCCGGAAGUAUUUUCCUCCAGGCUGAGUUGAAGGAAACUGAAGAUGGUUUCGUUCUGAAAAGGGUGUGUGAAGGUAAUAACAGGAAAAGGAAUAUCUAGUAAUACACCAUCUUGCAACAUCUACAACCAUUUUGAAAAGUGUGUUAAGUUCCUGGGUGUUUCUUGACUAUCAGGCCCACCUCUGCCCUCUUUGAUAUUUUUGGCUAUGAAAUUAUAAUAAAUUCUCUGCUAAGCAUAGAA